CAGGCUGGAGCAGGCUGGGAGCAGGUUAGAGCAGGUUAGAGCAGGUUAGAGCAAGCUGGGAGUAGGGUGGAGCAGGCUGGGAGCAGGCUGGGAGCAGGGUGGAGCAGGCUGGAGCAGGCUGGCUGCCCCGCAAGACAAACUGAUCUAUAACCGCACCUGUUUCUUUUAUCAUUCAAUGGUGUCCCUUGGAGCUGGAAAAGUGUGUCGCCUCCAUCUGUAAUCAUUGGUUCCACAGUCAAUUCCAACCGUGGGCAUCAAUUUACACGGGCGCCUUGGCCUUCAUUCACCCCAAGUUACUCAUGGUCCGGGCAGAUCUCAGUGGGACGUGUUCACCCCUCCAGGGUAUGAUGUUUGUCUAGCUUCUUGUAAGUCUUGACUGUCACUUGUAACAUAGGCUGCCUGUGAUGUGAGUUUGAAUUUACAUCAUUUUGUUGUAUUCUUUGGGUCUUUCGGUAAAGCCACGUAGAUAGAAAAAUAAUAAAACAUAUCACGACGUUUCAAUCGCAACACAAGCCAUCGUCAUCAGGUGAAUAAAUAUAUAGCUAUAUAUUUUUUUGGAUUUGACGAAGGCAUCUCCAUGCCAUGUGCAUUGUUUAACCGUGGUGGCCAUGGUCGAGUGGGUUUCAGAACGGAUCUGCACCACAAAGCCCCACUACAUGCAGGGAAAUAACUGUGAUCGUCGAGCGAUUCUUUCAAUGAGCUUUGAUAUUAGUGAACUCAACAAAUUUGAAUCAUUUCAGCCGUGAAAAUUCCCUUUCAACGAAGGCCCCAUGUAUCUACGCAAGCGCUGUUAAUAUGGCUAAACCGAUUUGUCCGUAAAUUAAGCGUGGAGUGCCCUUAACGGGUCUCGGGACCUUUAUCUUCGUUUAAAUUGGAAAACGCGAAUGUGUGUUUAGGCAGAUGAUCGCGAUCGGCACGCUUGCCUUCGUCGGCCAUCAAGGUCGUCCACUUCAGAGCCGCCCAUCAUUUCUUUCGCUGCCUGAGUACAGCAGCACGCAUUCCCUCUCCUGCCGCUAAUUACUCUUAAUUCACGGCCACGAACAUCCACGCUCAUUCAGGCUUUCGUGUCACUAUCACGCGCUGGGCGUGACGCGCAGAGCCCGCCCCGCUGUCGAGUCGGUACCUUUAUGAAUUAUCCGUAAUCGAGGAUUGCUUUUAUAGUAAUGUCAAUAAUUAGCUUUGUGGUAGUGUCAGCCUCGUUAAACAUCCUCGUGGGUUUUUAAUCCGGUUUUCUUGUGGUGUGCAAUUUCCGCACUGGGGUUGUUCCCUCCAACGCAGCGCUCAGCAGACAUCUGGCUCGCUGGGAGUUACUUAAUGAUUUCCCGGCCUGAUGAUCAGGAAUCAGCAGUGCACGUUAGCCACAGACUCGUGGCUCCCAGCUCGUGGACUGUGCGGUCCGUGGUGCCAACAGCUGGACAUCACAGUCAGAAGGUGGCUUCACACGAGACAGGAGGUGCUCACCCCAGCGUUUGAGGUCUUCCUGGGAUCGAGCGUCUGCCUUGUCCACGUGGCUUCUGAGUCAGAGGCAGCGGCGGUUUAACGCAUCUGGACAAUCAAAGAACCACAAUCGUGCGCUCCGACUCGCUCCUGCCGCUGCAUCCCAAGGGGGUCGCGGAGAAGAGACGCUCACAAACCCCGCGGUCGGAUCCUUCACGAUGCCGUUCGCUGCGGCCACGGCGCUGUCGCUGCACGCGGCUCCGCGGAGCCGCGAGCUGCGGCGAGCCUCCCGGUGACACCGCUGUGAGCGACUCAGUGUUCGCCUCGCCGGAUGCCACUCUCCUCCUCGGCCACUCGUCACCCAUCUGCCGGCCCGGAGACACCGACCCUGAGCCAGCGAUUCCGCCUACUGGAUGGAGGUCCCGUCAUGCAGCAGGGCGGCCCCUCCUCGCCUCUCCAUCGACUCGCGCGUGACGGUGCUGACCGCCGGCGAGGAUGCGGCCGACGGCGGCAGAUCGGGCGGCUCGGUGAUGAAGCGCAAGACGGUGCUGGCCGUCUUCUUGGUGGUGCUCGCCUACCUGGUGCUCGGCGGGGUCUUGUUCCGCGCUCUGGAGCAGCCGUUCGAGAGCAGCCAGCAGUCGACCGUGGCGGCCGCCAAGGCGAUCUUCCUGAGCCGCCACGGCUGCGUGCCGUCCCACGAGCUGGAGGUGCUCAUACAGCAAAUCUCAGACGCCAUCAAGGUUGGGGUCAACCCCAUUGGCAAUGCUUCCAAGAAAUCGAGCCACUGGGACCUGGGAGGAGCCUUCUUCUUUUCGGGAACCGUCAUCACGACCAUCGGCUUCGGGAACAUCGCUCCAAGCACACAGGGAGGCCGCAUCCUGUGCAUGGCCUAUGCGCUCAUCGGCAUCCCUCUCUUCGGCAUUCUUCUCGCUGGGGUGGGGGACCAGCUGGGCACCAUCUUCGGCAAAGGCAUCGCCAACAUUGAGAAGAUAUUUGUGAAGCGGAAGAUCAGCCAGACGCGAGUUCGAGUCAUGUCCACCGUCGUCUUUGUCUUGGCCGGCUGCGUGCUGUUUGUGGCCGUGCCAGCGGCCAUUUUCAUGCGCACCGAGGGUUGGAGCUCCCUGGAGGCCAUUUACUUUGUGGUCACCACCCUCACCACCAUUGGGUUCGGAGACUUCGUGGCAGGUGGAGAUGCGGACAUUGAAUACAGCGAGUGGUACAAGCCUCUCGUCUGGUUCUGGAUCCUGGUGGGGCUGGCAUACUUCGCUGCGGUGCUCAGCAUGAUCGGAUACUGGCUGCACGCGCUCUCGCGGCGCACCAAGAAGGAGGUGGGAGAGUUCACGGCGCAGGCUGCCGAGUGGAAAGCCAGCGUGGCAGCCGAGCUGAAGCAGACGCGCCGUCGGCUGAGCGUGGAGAUUCACGAGCGGCUGCAGCGAGUGGGCAGCAGCAGCAGCAGCUCACGGCGGCGAGCCAACGAUGUGCUGCGCCGCCACUCCAUGGACGUGCUCACGGCGCAGAAGCGCGGCUCCUUCUCGCUCGCCCCCAAGGCCGGCUCGGCCGACGGAAUUUCGUCGGCCACGUCGCUCGCCAACGGGCAGGCGAUUGGCAUCACCCACGGCAACAAGCUUCUGCUGCCAAACGGGCACUGCCUGCCCGGGGCUCGUCUGGAGAAGCGCUACUCCAGCCCAUUCACAUGACCUCCAACCUCCAGUUGAGGAAUUGACAAAUCAAUGUAUUACUCUGAAGCAAAGGCUGACUCGGGGCUUUUGGAACCCAGUGUCUAAGGGUACAAAUAAAAAAAGAUCCUGACUCGCAAAGAGAAGUGUACGGAGUCGGGCCGCUCUCGUGCCACAUCGGGUCAAGCAACUGUGCAUGCACUUUGUUGCCAAUAAUCACUGCAACUACCUAAGGAAAGGACGACAGCUCUUGCGAAGCGCCAACUUGAAGGGUCUUCCACCCCUGCUGCUGCUGCUGCUCACGAAUGGACGCGGGUUCCCAGUGCCAGAGGGCAGCUGUGAUAUCACUGAACCGUUCUGGAGAAAAAGGAAGAGAGGGGUGCACAACGCGAAGGCCUGGGAGGAAGCCUCGCCGUGUCGGUGAAAAAAAAGACACGAUUACACUUUCUGUUCAUAGCCAUGUAUGCAAUGUACGCUGUUAUCGUGUGCAUGAGUCGCGUGCAUCGCUGUCACCUGGUGGAUGUUCACGUGCGAGGAGGGAAGUUAUUUGUAUGGAAAUCAGGGCUCCCUGCUCGCGUCGCAAGUGAAGAAUGCAGCCGAGAUGGCUGAUUUGCACUCGCGAUGCCCAUUGCGAGGCUUCCAGCGUACCGGGCUGUCUGUGAUGCGAUUCCUUGGUCGGCUCGGGAUUUAAUUGAAAGAGCUUGACGCUCUGCUGGUGGACUGGCUUUCAGGCCACAGUACUUCAGAGUGCAUCGAAUGGACCUGGAUGUCGGAGAUAAUUUUGUUGAAACAAGGUGCUAAAUUUGUUGUUGUUCCUGCCAUCUGCAGUUGGUGCACGUUACGUAAUGCAUAAAACAUCAAUGGCUGCCCCAUGCGCAAUGUUGGGAGGCAAAACACGAGAAUUGUUUGCAUGCAAAAACGUAUUGCGUUCUGCCCCAUGUCUGCUAUGAGCAGCAACACGUGGUGUAGGGCAUGGGCCAGAGUCAUGGUAGUUUACACAGGGACCACAGUGAACACAAGAGCGGUGGUUAGCACACAGGCCAUGGUGUGCACAAGAGGCCACGCCGGUUAUGGUGUACACAACCAGUUGCUGUGUGCACAUCAUCGGAUUGUACAUUAGAGCUGCGGUGUAUGUUCUUGGCCAAGAAGUGAGUUGCGUCACAGAAUUCAAUUCUGUCACAGGCAGAACAAUACGCCUCGGGUAUUCUGUAAAUGAUCGCUGGCCAGCUAAGUUGUGGUACAAAGGCUAAGGGAUCAAUAGAGGGACGUUAGCACCCAGGAUAACCUGGCACACCUGGGGCGGAGGGCAGAGAUCAAUGCCCGCACCCUUAUUACGAGUCACACGAUGCCCAAAUGCAAUUAGGCUCAAAAGUGCUCGGGCGUAAAAUUUUACAGGAACAAUAAAAUGUGAACUCGGUGGAGGUUCAGGCAGACGCACACUUUGCUUUUGGCAGAACUGACCUCUGGCUCUUUCCUCAAAGGAGGUGGGGGGGGGGGGUGUUCCUUCCUCCUGGCCAGCAGAUCUAACCCCGCCGUCCCAUAGGGCUUGUGUCUGCACGUGCCAUGGUUUGCAAUGCUGUGAAUAGCCAUGCUUAAAACAUGAGCGUAUUGUCAGGAAAAGCAGAUAGAGUGUGAGAUGGAAAAAAAUCCUGAAUUCCUCAAUGUGGUUGAUGCGAGCCAUGAUCUUGGACAUGCCAAUGCCGCCAUCUUUGAGAUUAAACAGAAUAUUAGUAGUACUGCACACCAAGGGGCUCUUAGUUGAAACACUGUAUAUUACUAAUUAACAUUGAUUGCAAAACAUUGUAUCAAACAAAAGAACUGCCGGGAUUUUCCAUGCUGUAAUUUUAUGCGAAGUUCUUCAGCUUUUCCAACAAACCGUAUAAAAUCAUCCCGAUUUAAAAAAUUAAAUAUAGAAUGUAAUCUUAAUCACAUAUUGGCCUCAUUGGCCACCGAGCGGCACUCAAUGGUCAAAAAGCCCUCGUUUGUGCCGUUAAGCUGAACGGCGUCACCGGGUAAGCUGUGUCGGGAGUCGUUCAGGUUGCGACUUUCGGAACUUGUUUAUUAGAUAUCCUGCCUUGUAUCUCCUUCCUAUCCUGACGGUAAAUCUCCCUGGGUCCUGCUUCUAACCGCCCCUCAGUGACACCCCCUCCCCCCUCCAAUGCCUGCCGAGACGACAGGUAACAUGGUGAGAGCGGUGCUUUAAAGCCCCGAUAGAGAUGGAAGCACAUUGUGCUCUUUUAUAUGAUACUGUAUGCCAGAUAAAUAUGUUAACAGGUCAUAUAUUAUACACGCGUAACCGAAAUAGCUUGUUUUUCCUCCAGGGUCAAGUUAUUUUAAAGCAAAAAAAACGCUUCUUCAGCACUGUGUGCUGCGAUGGAUGGUAGCAUCCCGAGAUAGACAAAAAGAGGAUAUACAUCCUGAGCUUCAAUCGCGGAGCCAGGAUUUUCAGGUAAGGGGGGGGGGGGGGGGCAACCCCUCCAGCAAUGAAAAAUGAUAGAGGAGUUAUAAAUAAGUAAGGACUUGUCCCUUUGCUUUUUAUUCGACGCGUGUGCGGCGAUGACGCAGCCAUCGAUCGAGGGUCGAAUUCGAACCGCGUCGUGUGAUCGGCAUCGCGCUCGCUGAAGGUGUUGAUGCCUUCAGGGAAGUCGUGUACUGGAUACGCAACUGCACACAAUUAUGUGAGUCACUUAUAACCGCUUUGCCGUUACUUAUUGCCAAUUAUGUACUCAGACUAUUGUCCUAUCAUCUCAUAGAGUCCCUGGCACGUAAUAAUAUGCUACACAGUGGCAGUGGGGUGUCACAAAAUGCCUAUUUAUCACUCAUAAACCCCACUGAUCCGAUCGAAAUUAGGGAUUUCGAUCGGAUCAUUGGGGGGGCACAUGCCACCCUCCCCCCACCGGCUCGGCCAGUGCUGAGCUUGCCAGCGGAGGUAACGCCCUGGUGAGCGGCAACCAUCCCGCUGCGUUCUCAUCGAUGUUGGUGGCAUGGCGAGAGGACCCCGACAUUGAUUCGGUGGCGCAGUGAGAGAAUGUGCUGGAACCCAGCCGUGUGGGCGCCGAGAUGCUUUCCAUUUGCAGGGGGCGAGCGCCAGUGCCGAUGCAACUGGCUUCACGCACGAGUCGUGGUGACGGUCGUUAGGGUGUACCCGGCGUCAGUGCAUGGGGAUUGUACACACGUGUGAGGCGGUAACAGGAUGCGUUGCGUGUUCGUCUGUGUCGCAUCAUGCGUGCGCGUGUGUGCGUGUGUUGUCCGUCAUUCGGUGCGCGUGCGUGUGUGCACGUAGGCUGGCACAAGCGCCACGAUGACAUCACCGUCAAAUGGGGGGUUGUUGUUGUUAUCGUUGUGUGUAUUGUAUCAUGCUGUGCCUGUUCGUUUGUGGCGCAUCAUGCUAUGCGCGCAUGUGUGUUCCAUCAUGGUAUGCGCGUGCGUGUGUUUAUGGCGUUCUUCAUGGGGUGUGUGUGAGUGUGUUAUUCAUCAUCAAGUGUGAGUGUACGGUACAUCAUGAUUUGUGUGAUAUGUGGCAAGCAACACUUCGAUUCUCGACCAUGGCUAACAUCACUGGCGAUGAGUUGAAUCAGCCCUCAACUCGAUCGAUGCAACCUUUAAAGGAGUAUCUUGUGCAAUGUGUAAAACAUCAGUAAUGGGGAGACAAAGGUGACCAGGAAUGGUGCUGUCCACACCAGCCGCCCGCGUGCCGUGUCGGCUUUAGUAGGUGCUGGCUAGCAACACUUGAUGAUACAGCUGGUCUGCAGAGUUGGGUCUUUGUGUUGCAUCAUGCCGUGUGUGUGUGUUCGUAGCUCAUCCUAUCAUGGUAGCGCAGUGGUUGUAAAUCCAGUGACCUGAACAAAAAUUCCCGGCUAUGGCUAACAUCAGUAGGAAGUGAUACAUGAACCAGUCUGGGCCUCCCCUAGUUUGACUCAGCCCUAAAUGAGUACAUGGUUAGGCGUGCAACAUCAGCACUGCGGAGACAAUGGAAGCCAAGCGUGGUAUUGGCCACAAUGCUCCUCAGUGCUGCGCCAGGCUUACAGCUGCUUCCUAACUUUCGUCUGUUACAGGAUAUACAGGACAUCUCUGAUUUGUGUGUGGUGUGUCAUGCCAUAUGUGUAUGGUGUAUUAUAUCACGUGUGUAUGCAUGUGUGUGUGUUGUGUGUCAUUUUGGCUGUGUUUAUGGAGUAACAUGCCUUUGUGUGUGCUGUCUGGGUGUGAGGUGCUCACCAACAGCACUUGCCCCAACACUCUGUUAAGGCUAUACGGGGGAUAUUUGACUUCAUGCCCUGCGUGUGGUGUGUAUGGUGUGGGUGCUGCGUGGAUGUGGUGUCAUCACAAUGUGUGGCGUGUGUGUGUGCACGUGCGCAUGUGUGGUGUGCGGUACCGCGUUAAUGUGCUUCGUGUCAUUAUGCCCAUGCAUGCGUUUUUCUUUCUUUUUGGGGAGAGGUGAUGCUGCAUGUUGCAAGGUGGUGCAGUGGGACUGCAUCGUGGGCCCUGCGUGGCCGGGUUAGAGGUCCGGUCUAUUGUGUGAGCAGUGGCCACAAUCUCUGGUCAAAAAUGAGAAUUGCUUUCAUGUAUGAUUGCAACAAGAAUGUAUCAUAUAUUAUGUUUAUAAUCACAAAAGUAUUAUAUAUAUAAUAGGUUUAAUAA